AUGUCUCUGUCUUCAGCUUCAGCAAGUGGUUUACAAAGAAGACGAAAUGCUGGAGCUCUUAAUUCUAAUUCGUCCUCGAACGAGAAUAAUAUGCCGACAACGCUAGAUCGAACUCUUUCAAGUGGUGUUAGGAUUGCAGUUGAUCCUAAUGAAAUACUUGACGAUGAAGACAAGAAACAACCUAAUUUAACACUCAUGGAAGAAGUUCUUUUAUUAGGUUUAAAAGAUAAACAGGGCUACCUCUCAUUCUGGAAUGAUAAUAUUUCUUAUACUUUAAGAGGAUGUAUUCUUAUGGAACUUGCUUUUCGUGGUCGAAUAGCCAUGGUUAAAGAAGCAGCUCGUCGAAAAUGGCCCCUUUCAGAUAGGUUCAUAGAAGUCAUUGAUGAAAAGGGGACAAAUGAAGUAUUGUUGGAUGAAGCAUUAAAAAUGAUGAAAUCUAGUGAACAUAUGAGUGUUGGAAGUUGGAUUGAUCUGAUGAGUGGAGAAACUUGGAAUGUAAUGAAAAUUGGAUACCAAUUAAAACAAGUACGAGAACGUUUAGCAAAAGGAUUAGUAGAUAAAGGAAUUUUAAGAACUGAAAAGAGGAAUUUUUUACUUUUUGAUAUGGCAACCCAUCCUGUUAGUGAUUCUUCAGCAAAAGAUGAGAUCGUUAAUAGAGUCAUUAAAACUUUAACUCAUGUCAAUCAUUCUACUGCAGCUACAACAUCAUCAUUAAAUUCCGAUGUACCUUUUAAUGAUUUACGUACUAUAUCAAUGGUAUGCGCUGCUUAUGCUGCUAAUGUAUUGGAAAAUGCUUUAUUACAGUUAAAUCAUGAAUUAAGAGAAAAAGCUUAUACAAAAGUUGAUGAUUUAUUAAGUGAAUAUUCUGUUUGGCCUUUUUCAAAAAAAGCUAAAGUUGAUAUUCCUGAAGGGAAAGAAUUACAAAUUGAAGUCGUAGCCGCUGCUCUUAUGGAAGUAUCAAUAUCUUAUUUAAACAAUCAUCACGAUGAUGUACGCGAUGGAGCAGUAAAGCUUGUGGUUGAAAUCGUUAAACGCAUUGGUAAACAGAAUGUUGAAUCAUAUGUUGCGGAGGUCGAAACGUCAUUAUUAGAAAAUAUUUGGAACCUUGUGGCCGAAUGGGAAACAACGACAGGCAAAGUAGCAGGUGAAGUUCCUUCCCCCCCACCUUCACCCAAACAUAAACCUAAAGGUUUGACAGAAGAAGAAAAGGCCGCAUUGAAGAAUUAUGAUGUUGACGAAGUGUUGCUUCAAAAACCCUUGGCGAAACGCGGAACAGUUAAUCGGCUAGAACAGCAAUUGAUGGAAUUACGGUUCAGGAUGAAUACUACAAAUCACAUUAUUAAGGAUGAAUAUGAUAAUUAUCUCGCUAAUACUACAAAAGCACAUUUCCAAGAUGAAUUAGAUGAAUUAGAGGAAUUGGAAUUGGAAGCUCAAUUAGUUGCGGAAAUUGAAGCAGCAGAAGCAGCAGAAUUAGAGGAACAACUAUUACUUCAAGCCGAAGCUGAAAGUAGAGGACAACCAAGUCGUGGCCAAACUCCUUCCGUUCCAAGAGGCAAGGCUACUGCAGCCAGCAAGAAAACUCCAGUUUCUCGUGGAAGUAAAUCGACAGCUCCUAGUAAAGCUGCUCCAGCAAAGAAAUCAAAAGAUGAUGGUAAAGCCGCUCCUAGUAAGAAAACUUCCACAUCAAAAUCGGUCGCUGCUAAACCCGUAGCUCGAAGAGGAUCAACAGAUGAUGCAAAAUCAACAUCAAAAAGUGCAAGGAAACCCUCUGCUAAUAAUUCAAACCCUUCAACAGUACCAAGCAAAUUAACUUCCGAGCCCUUAACUGAUGAGCCUGAUGAAUCAAAGAGUGAUAGAUGCUGUAUUUUCUGUGAUGAACACGAUGAAAGGUACACAGAGGAAAACUUGGUUACACAUUAUUGGAAUGAUUGUCCAGUAUUGACCAAUUGUCGUUUGUGCAACAUUAUUCUCGAGAUUUCUACUCUAGAUGAUCAUAUGUUAAACGAUUGUGACAAGAGUAAAUUUGUUAAACAAUGUCCUCGAUGUCGCGAAGUCAUUGAAGCUGAUGAUUUCCUUGAACACAUGGCAAAACAGUCUUGUAUGGCAAUACGACAAGAUAUCGUUCGCUGCCCUCUUUGUAAGACAGUUGUUAAGCCUGCGACUGAAGCCGGUUGGAAAGCACAUCUUAUAGAUGAAACCGGAUGCACAAAGAAUCGUAGAAAAUCAAAAUCACUCAUCAAAGAGAUGGAAGCUGCAGCAACAGAAAAACGCGAGAAGAAAACAACUUCAACAACUAAAUCAGCGACAUCAAAAACUCCCGCUCGUAAACCAACUGCUGCGAGCAAAGAUAAACCUAAGAAGGCAUCAACAACUAAAGUUUCAAAG